ACAGACACGCUGCAGCGCACUACUGCGGGGAAACACAAAGCGGGCAUUGAAGCCGCCUUUCAACCCCCAGACCUGAGCCCGCAGCCGAUUCUCAUUGCCCUAGUCGCGAGGAAAACCAACACAAACAGUUGCAGAACGAGCCUGUGUUACCGAAUUGCAACGCUGCAGGACAAUGUCAAUAAUCUCAAGAAUACUGAAGUUUGCUGUUUGAGAUUUGUAGUGCUGUGCAAGCUGCAACUUACCAUAGAAAAAUGGAAAUGUUCCAGAUACUGCGUAAAACAUCAGAGCGUUUAGAAUGUGAUCACUGUAGUUUCAGAGGAACAGAUUAUGAAAAUAUACAAAUUCAUAUGGGUACCAUUCACCCAGAGUAUUGUGAUGAAAUGGAUGCUGCUGGUUUAGGUAAACUUAUAUUUUAUCAGAAAAGUGCAAAACUUUUCCACUGUCACAAAUGUUUCUUUACCAGCAAGAUGUAUUGCAAUGUUUAUUAUCACAUCACAUCACAACAUGCAGUACCUGAAAAGUGGAAUGAAGACCAGAAAGAUCAGUUAGAAGCUGAGACUGAAUCCUUGAAAACAGCGCUCAUUCAGGAACCACAAAAACAUGCUCUUUCACCUGAAUCACACAAGCCUGCCCUUUCCCCAGAACUCCCCAAACCUGACCCAGUUAUUUCCCCCAAACUUCAGAAACCAUCAGUGUCCCCUGAGCUGGAGAAGCCAGCCUCAGUGGGAUCUCCUGAACCUGAGAAGCUGGCCCCAGCAGUGUCCCCUGAGCCCCAGAAGCCUGCCUUGGCAGUAUCUCCUGAUUCCAUUAGGCAUUCCUCAGCGGUGUCUCCUGAGCCCCAGAAGCCUGCCCCAGCGGUGUCUCCUGAGCCCCAGAAGCCUGCCCCGGCGGUGUCCCCAGAGCCCCGCAGGCGUUCACCAGCAGUUUCCCCUGAGCCCCGAAAGCGUUCACCAGCAGUGUUCCCAGAGCCUCAGAAGCCCGCCCCAGCGGUUUCCCCUGAGCCCCGCAGGCGUUCACCAGCAGUUUCCCCUGAGCCUCGCAGGCGUUCCCCAGCAGUGUCUCCAGAACCACGCAGGCAUAUGACUCAGACACGGAGGCCUGCUCCUGCUUUGUCUCCUGAGCCUCGCAGGCCUGCUUCUACAAUUUCCCCAGAAGCAUGGAGGCCUGCUCCCUCAGUUUCUCCUGAAUCCUGGAGACCUGCCACUGCUAUUUCUCAUGAGCUACAGAAAUCUGCUGCUGCUGCCGCCUCUCCCUGGCCACAAAAACCUGCCCCAGUGGUGACCCCUGAGCCACGAAGGCCAGCCCCGGUGGUGUCCCCUGAGCCACGGAGGCCUGCUCCUGACCCGUGGAAACCUACAUCCUUUUCUGAUUCCCAGAAAUCUGUUUCAUCUGAGCCAUGGAAACCCAUCUCCUCUGUAUACCCCGAAGGCUGGAAACCUGUUCUUUCUCCUGAUACUUGGAUGCCUGCUCCCCCUGUUUCACCCGAACUCCGAAAACCUAGUCACACUGUUUCCUCUGAAGUUUGGAAAUCAUCUUUGUUUUCUGAUCUUCGCAAACCUGCUCCCUCAUUGUCUCCUGAGCCCUGGAAACUUUCAUCUGAGUCCCGGAAGUCAACCUUCUUCUCUGAGACUCAAAAGUCUGCUCCCUCCAUUUCCCCUGAGGGACAAAAACGGUCCCUCUUCCCUGAAUCCCGGAAAAGAGCCCUCUUCUCAGAGCCUCGAAAAUCUGCUUCUGCUGCUUCGUCUGAGGUACAAAAACGUGCUUUCUUCCCCGAGCCUCAAAUAUCUGCUCUUCCUGUUUCUCCUGAAGUCCAGAAAAAUGCCCCCUUUACUGAGUCCCAGAAACCUGUUCCUUUCUCUCCUGAAGUGCAGAAACAUGCCUUCUUUCCAGAGCCUCAGAAACUUGAUGCUGCUUCCCCUGAAGUCCAGGAACAUACUUGCUUGCCAGAGCCUCAUAAAGUUUCUCCUGCUGCCUCCCCUGAGAUCCAGAAACCUGUCCCCUUUGCUGAGUCUCAGAAACCUGCUAGUACUGUUUCUCCUGAGGUGCAGAAAUAUGCCCUCUUUACAGAAUCCCAGAAACCUGCUCCUGCUGUUUCCCCUGAGACACACAAACAAGCCUUUUUUCCUGAGCCACAGAAAUGUGGUAUUUCUCCUGAUGUUCAGAAGCAUACUCUGUUUUCUGAGAUCCAGAAACCACCUGCUGUUUCAUCUGAUGUCCAGAAACAUGCUCUUUCUACUGAUCCCCACAAACCUGCUCCUUCUGUUCCCUCUGAGGUCCAGAAAAAUGUUCUUUUCCCUGAGCCUCUCAAACCUACUCCAGCUGUUUCCUCUGAGCUGCAGACAUCUAUUGAAUCCAACGAGAGUGGUUUCCUAGCUCAGAGUUUAGAAGAUCAAAAAACACUGGAUGAUCUAUUGUCUCAGGAAGAGCAGUCAAUCUUAGUGAAGGAGCCUUCAGAAGAGAUUUAUUCAUGUCCCAAAAAGAAGCCUAAGAAGGAAAACCAGGAGAACUCUGAUAAUGAACUAAAUAACAGUGAAUGUGGAAAAACAGAGAUGGAUUCUGUGGAGGUAAAGGAACAAGAAUCAAAUAGUGAUCAAGAACAGUUUGAUAUGGAACCAUCUGAUUACAACAAAGAGAGCAAAGUAGAUACAACUACUCCUAUUCAGCCACAAUGCGUACUGCAGUUUACCGAAGAGAAAGAAGCUUUCAUCUCAGAAGAAGAGAUAGCAAAAUACAUGAAGCGUGGAAAGGGAAAGUAUUAUUGCAAAAUUUGUUGCUGUCGUGCAAUGAAAAAAGGUGCUGUUUUGCAUCAUUUAGUUAACAAGCAUAAUGUUCAAAGCCCCUACAAAUGUAAAAUAUGUGGAAAGGCUUUUCUUUUGGAGUCUCUACUUAAAAAUCAUGUUGCUGCUCAUGGUCAAAGUUUGCUUAAAUGUCCACGUUGUAAUUUUGAAUCAAAUUUUCCCAGAGGCUUUAAGAAACAUUUAACCCAUUGCCAAAGCCGUCAUAGUGAAGAUGCAAAUAAAAAGCAUUUGGACAGCCUUGAACCAAGUGAACAAAUGUGAUUGUUUUUUCUUUUAUUCAGUGAAUCUAAUUUACUAAAAUAUGUAAUUAUUGCUGUAUGUUAGCCAAGUAAGUAGUUUAGCUGAUCUGACAAGUCAAAAGAUGCAUGGUUUAUUGUACUGUGUUUAACUUGUCUCAUAGCUGUAUUACUGAAAGGAUUUAUUAUUCGGAAAUAGUUCUACAUAUGCAUUCAUGUCCCUGUAUUAUUCAUCAAUAAAUUCCUAUUUUAUUCAUCAGAUAUGCUAUAUUUCUGAAACCAAAAGAGGGAUGAAAACUAGUUUUGUAAAAAUUGUAAAACUUUCAGGCAAUAAAGUAGGAUGUGGCAAACAACCCAUAUAAUAAUACUGUGAAGACUGAACUUAGUUUUUCACAUCUCAAAUGUCUUAUUUUUUAAAAUGUGAAGCAAAGUUCAAAAUUAGAAUCCCAGUGAAACUCAACGUACUUGAUCAGGCAUGAAGUAAUGAUGUUGGUUUUCUGGAAUAAUUAUGCCCUAAGCUUGUGAUUGUGUAGCAUUUGUUGGAAAUUCAAUACUCUCACCUUUUUGAAUUAUUUCUCAGACUUUAAAAAUGUCAAGAUACUUAUUUUGUGACACUGUAUUUUGACCAUUUUAAAGCAUGUGCUCAUAUACAUUACAUUAAGUAAUAUCAGAUUUACUAUAUAUAAAAUAGAAAAUUUUCCUGUUGACGCUGAUUGGUAUGCCAUAGAAAUCUGAAUUUCUUGUAUUUGGUGAAAUGUUAUGCUUUAAUAUUUUAAUAAAAAGCUACCUUGGA